GGGCUAGCACUGACGUGUCUCUCAGCGAAGGUGCUGUGCUCCGGAGCGAGCGCCGUCUCCUCACUCGGAGCGGAGCAAAGCCGAAGCGGGACCCGGAGCGCGAGCAGCCGCCGCCAUGGCGAUCAAAUUUCUGGAAGUCAUCAAGCCCUUCUGUGUCAUCCUGCCGGAAAUUCAGAAACCCGAGCGAAAGAUUCAGUUUAAAGAGAAAGUGCUAUGGACAGCCAUCACCCUCUUUAUCUUCUUAGUAUGCUGCCAGAUUCCCCUGUUCGGUAUCAUGUCUUCAGACUCAGCUGACCCUUUCUACUGGAUGAGAGUGAUUCUAGCCUCUAACAGGGGCACACUGAUGGAGCUGGGGAUCUCUCCCAUUGUCACCUCUGGCCUGAUCAUGCAGCUCUUGGCUGGAGCCAAGAUCAUUGAAGUCGGUGAUACCCCAAAAGACCGAGCUCUCUUCAAUGGUGCCCAAAAGCUAUUCGGCAUGAUCAUCACCAUUGGCCAGUCCAUCGUGUACGUGAUGACGGGGAUGUACGGGGACCCCUCUGAGAUGGGCGCCGGCAUCUGCCUGCUCAUCACCAUCCAGCUCUUCGUUGCUGGUUUAAUUGUCCUACUUUUGGAUGAACUCCUGCAAAAGGGGUAUGGCCUGGGCUCUGGCAUCUCCCUCUUCAUCGCCACCAACAUCUGUGAGACCAUCGUCUGGAAGGCCUUCAGUCCCACCACUGUCAACACUGGCCGAGGCAUGGAGUUCGAAGGCGCCAUCAUCGCACUCUUCCACCUGUUGGCCACACGCACGGACAAAGUCCGAGCCCUGCGCGAGGCCUUCUACCGCCAGAACCUCCCCAACCUCAUGAACUUGAUCGCCACUAUCUUCGUCUUCGCUGUGGUCAUCUACUUCCAGGGCUUCCGGGUGGACCUGCCCAUCAAGUCUGCGCGCUACCGAGGCCAGUAUAACACCUACCCGAUCAAGCUCUUCUACACCUCCAACAUCCCCAUCAUCCUGCAGUCCGCCCUGGUGUCCAACCUCUACGUCAUCUCGCAGAUGUUGUCAGCACGCUUCAGCGGCAACCUGCUUGUCAGCCUGCUGGGCACCUGGUCUGACACAUCCUCCGGAGGCCCGGCACGUGCGUACCCAGUUGGUGGCCUGUGCUACUACCUGUCCCCUCCAGAGUCGUUCGGCUCGGUGUUGGAGGACCCGGUCCAUGCAGUGGUGUACAUCGUGUUCAUGCUGGGCUCCUGCGCCUUCUUCUCCAAGACCUGGAUCGAGGUCUCAGGCUCCUCUGCGAAAGACGUUGCAAAGCAGCUGAAGGAGCAGCAGAUGGUGAUGCGAGGCCACCGUGAGACAUCCAUGGUCCAUGAGCUCAACCGGUACAUCCCCACCGCUGCAGCCUUCGGCGGGCUCUGCAUCGGGGCCCUCUCAGUCCUGGCUGACUUCCUGGGCGCCAUCGGGUCUGGAACUGGGAUCCUGCUGGCGGUGACCAUCAUCUACCAGUACUUUGAAAUCUUCGUGAAGGAGCAGAGCGAGGUUGGCAGCAUGGGCGCACUUCUGUUCUGAGCAGGCGGCCGGGAGCCACCCGAAGGAGCCCUGCUGCAGAAUACUGCCGUGGCAUAUGGACUUGUGUUUAAUGAUGGGUUUUUAAUUUCGUGUUUUUUCAUUCCACGUGUAAAGUACUAGAAAUUUUCCAGUUUGAAAUUUUGCUUUUAGUUUCCCAGCACUGGCAAAAAACUAGAAGGAAGUGUUCGUCAGCUGGCCACCAGAGUUGGGGUGGUAAGCAGCUGUCCCCAAGUGUCCGCAUCACUUGUCUGAACCCUCAAGGCUGCAGGGGUCCCCACUGUCCCCCACGUGGGUGGGCAGUGCCCCACUCUGGUUGGAAGCACAAACACUGAAACCCCUUCAGGCAACGCUGGAGCAGCACACGUGGCCUCGGGGGCCGUGGUCGGAGCCCCAGCUUCUCCCUCACUGUCCCCCCGGGAGAGUCUGGCUUAAGACUUCUGCUAGAGACUCCGCUGUUCUCUUUCUACAGCAGAGUCUUAAGGCAGAGCGUCUCCUCGGGGACACGUUCCCCAGAACUCACUGCACGCACCGUGGAUCAUUCCGGACAGGCUGCCCGGCCCGGUGCUGCCUGUCAUCCUUGGGCCAUCUCCUUGUGGCUGUGCUCACUCUUCCCUCAGUCCCCAGAGAGGGGGUCCCUUAUAGCCACCGCUAGACACAGAAGGGAGAGGCUCAUGUUCCACUUCCACCUCCCACUUGUGUUUCAGAAUCUCCUAGGGCCCAGAUGCACGCAAGCAGGUGACCAGACCCCACCAGCCUCGUCCUGGCCUUCACCAGGGCCAUGAGCGGGACCAGCAUGCAGGCAGGGGUCAGAGUCCAGGCGGUGGGCUCUCGGGGGACAUGGCUGCAGUUUGAGACAGUCGUGUCUGAAGCCCGCUUGCCUGGGAGGACAGGCGAUGAGGAUGACAGGGCAAAGCCUCCCCGCCUCAGGGAGGCCCUCUCAGGAUGGGAAAGGCCCUGGGCUGACUUUAGCCACAGGUGGGACCAGGGCGUCUGGCCCAGGCGCACAGCACCCUCUCGGGCUUUGUCCUGACCGAGACCUCGCUGGCAGUGCUGAGCGGUCCAGCGCGGGCCGGGGUGGGCAGGGCAGGGCAGGCCCCUCCCAGAAGCCAGGGCUCCCACCAGUGGCGUCGAACCUACCACACUUGCAUAACUGAAAGCUCUGAGAGGUUCGCCUCACUGGCUCACACCAUAUCACACGUGGCCUUGUCAGACCCAGUCCUGAGCAGCUGCCCCUGUGCCCUGUGCCACCGCAGCCACGGCCGGGCUCUCCCUGCGGUUGGCGGCCAUGGGGUGGCUGGGGGCUGAUCCUGGCCUCCAGGGGACUGUCACUGUGGACGCCAAAAUGGCACAACAGAUACAGUGAAUAUGUGAUGAAUAAAGCCAACUUUUUACAAGC